UUCUUGCAGAUGCAGAAGAUCAAGACUACAGCAACAAUCAUCAGAGAUCCAGCAGAAGCAGAGAUCAACACUAUGUAAAAUAAAGAAACAUGGUUUGAUCUGCAAAAUGGACAAACAUCUUGGCCAUUGGUUUGAUGCGAGCCUCUUCCUGUCCUGCUGUUAUGAGCCUCACAGUGUGAUUUCCUCUUUAGGUUCGUCUGGUGUUGAGCCAGAGAGAGUGUCAGUGAUGGUGGGAGAUUCAGUCACUCUACACACUGGUGUUCAAACAAGCCAACAAGACAAUAUUAGAUGGUAUUAUAAUGACAUUCGCAUCGCUCAAAUCAAUAGAGACCAGAGUAAGAUCUGUACAGAUGAUCAGUGUAAUGAAGAUACUGAGAGAUUCAGAGACAGACUGAAGCUGGAUCAUCAGACUGGAUCUCUGACCAUCAUGAACACCAGAAACACACACUCUGGAGAAUAUAAACUGAAGAUCAGCAGCGGCAGCAGCGACAGUGAAAAGAUCUUCAUUGUUUCAGUCACUGAUUUUCUCUGUGUUGUUUCAAAUGGAGUGUCAGUGUCAGUGAUGGAGGGAGAUUCAGUCACUCUAAACACUGGGGUUGAAAUAAAACAUGAGGAUAUAAAAUGGUAUUUUAAUGACAUUUGCAUUGCUCAGAAGAACAGUGGAGAUCAGAAUAAGAGUAAGAUCUGUACGGAUGAUCAGUAUGAAGAUACUGAUGAGAGAUUCAGAGACAGACUGAAGCUGGAUCAUCAGACUGGAUCUCUGACUAUCACACACACCACAAACACAGACUCUGGAGUUUAUAAACUACUGAUCAUCAGCAGCAGCGACAAUGAAAAAACCUUCAUUGUUACUGUUCAUGGUGUUGAUACAGACGGAGUGUCAGUGAUGGAGGGAGAUUCAGUCACUCUAUACACUGGUGUUCAAACAAACCAACAAGACAGAAUUAGAUGGUAUUAUGAUAACACCCGCAUCGCUCAAAUCAAUAGAGACCAGAGUAAGAUCUGUACAGAUGUUCAGUGUAAUAAAGAUACUGAGAGAUUCAGAGACAGACUGAAGCUGGAUCAUCAGACUGGAUCUCUGACCAUCAUGAACAUCACAAACACACACUCUGGAGAAUAUCAACUACAGAUCAGCAGCGGAAGCAGCGACAGUGACAACACCUUCAAUGUUAUUUUAUAUGGUGUUUCUGCUGCUGAACGAGAUACGAUUAAGAGAAAGUCAGUGAAGGAAAGAGAAUCUGUCAUUUUAUACACUGGUGUAAUAAGAAAUCUGAAAGAUUCAGUUAGGUGGUAUUAUAAUGAGAUUCUCAUCGCUGAAAUCAGUGAUGAACCCAGAAAAAACUGUACAGAUGAUCAGUGUGACGAGAGAUUCAGAGACAGACUGAAGCUGGAUCAUCAGACUGGAUCUCUGAUCAUCACACACACCAGAACUGAAGACUCUGGAGAAUAUCAGCUACAGAUCAACAACAGCAGAUUCAGCAUCAUUAGGAGCUUCAGGGUUUCCGUCACUGCUGUUCCAGUUUCAGGAUUAUCUUCAUCUGCUGUAGGAGUAAUAUGUGCUGCUGCUGGUGUUUGUAUUCUGCUUGUGGCUGCUGGGAUUUACUGUCACCACAGAUCAAAACAAACAGGAAACUGGACACCGUGCCAUGAUCAUCAUCAGGAGGAUGGUGUCUCUUCAACCGACUGGAGCUAACGGGACGUGCACUGGUCAGACUGACAGACAGACAGUGUGAAACCCCCUACUAUCAGGAAACGUAAAUCUCAGAACUAAGAUAAUGUUCUGAAAAGGUUCUCUCAGGGUUAUUCGAAUAAGCAUCUGAAUCUGUGUAACUGUGGACCUUUUCUUAAAUCAAGGAUCUUAAAUCAUUUGAGACACACUACUGUUUCCUAAAAUACACACUCACAACUGACAUCAACAAAUCGUAAUACCACAUGUUCAUGCAGAAUCAUUUUGUUCAUCCAGAGACAGAUAAUUUCUGCUAUUUUUUAGCAGAUUUUUGCUGCUAUAUUUUGCACUAAAAAUAUACAGAUAAUUGAUAAACCUGUUUCAAAGCAACUUUUGUUAUUCAGGGACCAUUUCAUCAGUCCGACUCUGAAUAUCACAAUUGAACUUCCCCAUAAUGUGACCGUGCUGUAAUGUCCACUGGGAUUUUUUUUUUAUCAUUAAACUAUAACAUUGAAACUUU